CGCUCCGGGGGCUGGCCAACGCCCCCACCCACCAGAAGGGCCACGCGUUCCACCCGGCCCCCCUGCGCCUCCGCGGGUCCCCGGACGGCGCGGUGCGGUCCUUCUCGGUCGCCUUCGUCUGCGGCAUCGUCUCCAGCUACACGGACUUCAGCACCCACGGCAUGGCCCUCGUCUUCGCGCCCGGCGUCAAGAGCCUGUCGGACGGGCUAACGGACCAGUACCUCGGCGUCACCAACGUCCAGAACGACGGCAGCCAGGCCAACCACCUGUUCGCCGUGGAGCUCGACACCGUGCAGAACAUCGAGUUCCGCGACAUCAACGCCAACCACGUCGGCAUCGACAUCAACGGCCUCAGCUCUGUCCAGUCCCACGAGGCUGGCUACUACGACGACGGUAACGGCGGCGGCUUCCGGAAUGUAAGCCUCAUCAGCCGCGAUGCGCUCCAAGUGUGGGUGGACUACGACAGGGUGACCACCCGGAUUGAUGUCACCAUGGCUCCCCUUGGGAUGGCGAGACCCAGCAGGCCAUUGGUCAGCGCGAUCCGCAACCUGUCGACGGUGAUGACGGAGCCGUCGUACAUCGGCUUCUCGUCGUCAACGGGCCCGGUGAACUCCCGGCACUACGUUCUUGGCUGGAGCCUGGGCAUAGACAGACCUGCCCCGGCGAUCGACGCGGCCAAGCUGCCAAAGCUGCCGCAGCUGGGACCCAAGCCUCGCUCAAGGGUUCUGGAGAUAACCCUGCCGAUAGCAAGCGCGGUGGUCGUCCUCGUCGCCGGCGCCGCCUUGGUUCUGCUUGUGAGAAGGCGCCUGAGGUACACGGAGGUGCGGGAAGAUUGGGAGGUGGAGUUCGGGCCGCACCGGUUCGCGUACAAAGACCUGUUCCAUGCCACCAAUGGGUUCAAGGAGAAGCACCUGCUUGGCGCAGGAGGCUUCGGCAUGGUGUACAAGGGAGUGCUUCAGGCGUCCGGGGUGGAGAUCGCCGUGAAGAAGGUGUCCCAUGGAUCCAACCAAGGAAUGAAGGAGUUCAUCGCCGAGAUCGUAAGUAUUGGCCGCAUCAAGCACCGUAACCUGGUGCAGCUACUUGGCUAUUGCCGGCGGAAAGAUGAGCUCAUCUUGGUGUACGAUUACAUGCCGAACGGUAGCCUGGACAAGUAUCUGUACGGCCAAGGAGAUGGAGAUGGUCUCACUUUGGACUGGGCUCAAAGAUUGCAAGUCAUCAAAGGGGUCGCUUGUGGAUUACACUACCUGCACGAGAGGUGGGAGAAAGUCGUGAUCCACCGAGACGUCAAGACAAGCAAUGUGCUUCUUGACAAGGAAAUGAAUGGACGGCUAGGCGAUUUUGGGCUUGCAAAGCUGUACGAGCAUGGCACCAACCCACAAACAACACGUGUGGUUGGAACCACGGGGUACCUAGCACCGGAGCUAGUGAGAACGGGGAAAGCCACCCCUCUGACAGACGCUUUCGCCUUCGGAACUUUCAUGCUCGAGGUCGCUUGCGGACGACGACCAAUCAAGCAAGACGAGAAAGGCAACCAAAUCUUGUUGGCAGAUUGGGUACUCGAGCACUUGCAUAGAGAGUCACUCGUCGAGGCAGCAGAUCCAAGGCUGCAACACGAGUACAACUCCGAUGAGGUGUGCCUAAGUCUCAAGAUUGGACUACUCUGCUCACACCCGUCUCCCUCUGCAAGGCCCACGAUGCAGCAAGUUUUGCAGUAUCUUGAUGGAGAAUUGCCACUCCCGGAGAUGGCACGCGCAACCUUGAACUUCAAUUUGUUAGCUCUUAAGGAAAGAAAGGAGUUGCAUUCCAUGUCAAGCCCAUUCUCAUCGACGGCGAUGACCGUUGGCACCAUAUCUGACCUUUCUGGCGGAAGAUGACACAUAUGAUGUUUGAUUUUAGUAUUGUAUCUCGAAUCCUUAGCACCUUCUUUAAAAUAGUAUUACGCCGAUCAAAUUAUCAGGUGGCAUACGAUAUUAUGAUAGGAGGACCUUGUUAACCGUGUUUAGAGUUCCUUAACAACAUAUUCUGGUUUGAUCUUCUAUAAAUUAAUUUUCAUUUUCCUUGUCA